AUGGAAUCAGAAGCGCUCCCUGGUCUGAUCGAAAGGCUCAAUGCCAGAUCCGCGAAUCCGAACACUGGCGAAAGACCCGAUACUCCCACUAGAUCGUCUCAUUCUGCAGCGCCUCCCUCAUUCAAUAUAGAUGAGGGUCCGAAUUUAGCAAAUUCAUUUCUCGUUCGAGCCCCAGACAAUGGUGUCAACAGUGCAGAUAAACCUGCCGGAAGUGGACUUGCCACGACUGGCAUUAUAGAUUUCGCUGAGGCUCCUAUUGAGAAUCAGGAAAACGGCAUAGGAUCCGUAAUCGAGGAUAACGGUAGUCUCCAAACGGUCGGCGAAGAAUUCGACUUGUCGCACUUUACAUGUGGAAACGAAGAAGGGAAUUCUAUUGAUACGACGGGAUCGAGAUGGAUCACAAUGACCGAUAGUAUGGGGAAUACGCAGCGAUAUGAGUUAUUCAAGUAA